AAACAACCAACUUUCAAAGACGAAGAGGUUUUUAACCUCAAACAUUAUUAUUAAGAAGAAUUUUCCCGUAUUUAAUUAAUUAAAAAAAAAUUAAAUUCAUUUUACAUCAUUUAUGCCGUUGUUAAACAUAGUUGCCAGGAAAAAGCAAAUGAACAUCGGUUGCCAAGGGUUUGUUUAGUUGACAAGUCAAUUUUACAAAGUGCUUUACUUUUACCUUUUCACGGCUUUUUUUGCCUUAUUUUACCCUUUCAGAUAAUUUGAUUCAAUUUUCCCGAGAUUUUUUUGUUCAAAAUCUAUCCCGAAAUGGAAAAGAUCAACAUGCAGAAGAAAACUCUUAUUUUCAACGUUCUCCACUUCUUAGGUCAUGAAAUCGGGGCUUCUGACCUCACUGAGGAGAAAAAGGAGUCCAUAGAGGUAGCUAUUCAAUGCCUGGAAACUGCAUAUGAGAUAACCUCUGAGGAUCGUCAAAAUUUGCACAAAGUGGAUUUAUUGAACCAAAUCCGGGUUCUGGCUCAGGGCAUCACUGAAGAGCAGCAGACGGCUGCCGAACACCAUAAAAACCUGGGGAAUAACGCUAUGAAAAAUGGCGAGUACGAAGAGGCUGUGAGAGAGUACACAAAAGCAAUAGAGUCCAAUCCAAAAAACGCUGUGUAUUUUUGCAAUCGAGCUGCUGCGUACAGCCGCUUAGACAACAACGAGGAGGCCAUCAAAGACUGCAAACAGGCGAUAGUGUUGGACCCCACGUACGGGAAGGCCUACGGGAGACUGGGGAUCGCGUAUUCCAACCUGAAUAACUGGGCGGAGGCUGUGAAGGCGUACGAGAAGUCACUCAAGUACGAUCCACAGAAUUCCGGAUAUCAAGCGAACCUGCGGCUGGCCCGCGAGAAACUCAUCGAUUCCAUGGAGAGUGCAGCGCCGCCCCAGCAUCGCCCCAUAGAUAUCACCCAGUUCAUCAAUAACGAGUCAUUUCUACACAUGGCUCGAGAAAUGAUGGCGAAUCCGGACUUCCAAAAUAUAAUGUCGGGCAUUAUGGCAAUGAGUCAGUCAGGGGACACAAAUUUCGAGGCCCUUUUCCAAGCGGGCCAAAAUCUAGCCACCCAGAUGCAAAACCAGGACCCGAGGUUUGUGGAAAACUUACGAAGACAAUUUGAUCCUCAGAACCCGAACAACCCGAGUCCCCGGCGUGAUGAUGGUUCAUGCAGUGACUCCUAAGUAGAGUUUCCUUUUGCUUGUUUUUACCGUUUUUUUUUUAUCAAAAUUUGUAAUGAUUUUAUUAACUUCCUCCGUCAUAGACGAAGUGUCUAAAUUUCAGUGACUUGUCAAAUUUAAAUUAUUUUUCGGCUACUUUUUCUAAAUUUAUCAACUUUUUGGCUAAUAAAUACAAAAACACUAUUUUCUUGUUAUUAAUUUUAGCUAUAUGUUUGUUGAGUGGUAUGAAGUGAACAAUAAAGUAGCAAAUGUUUCUGUGUACUGGAUGCCGGUCGUGCAACGGAUCACUCUACGAAAAACAAGCCAGUAAACAGAAAAUUAUAUUUUCACAUUGUUACUAGUGUCUUGAAAGAAUUUAAUAAUAAAAUGUUAAGCUUGUAGGUAAUUGUUGGCUAAAACGAAGACUGUCUUCUUUGUUUUCUGGGGUAUUUUUCUUUUUACUUCACUAGAUUGAUUUCGAGUUUUGUUCUUUUUAUUUUUAUUUUAAUUUUUUUCCAAUCUUUUCUGGGGGAUAGCACUUUUUGUUAGUCUUAUUGUGGUUGAUAUUUUGUUCUCGCAUUUUAUUUAUUAUUGUCUUUUUAAAAUAUAUUAUAUAUUUUCGGUAAAAUGUUGGAGUCUGUUCUAUUAUUCAAUAAGUGAUUUUAAUCAAGAA